UUUCUCUGUUCCGAUGGCACGGGGCCACUGAUCUGAGCUCUGAUACAUUGAGAUUUACCUAUAGAGGAAAUCAGAGGUGGGAGAGUCAGUUGCACAUAGCUGCUGUCACUGAUCUGGGAUAUUAUAGCAGUCUGAUAUUUGGGGUGCCUGGGAUAUGGGGUUCUUAUAGUCAUUUCUCUGUUCCGAUGGCACGGGGCCACUGAUCUGAGCUCUGAUACAUUAAGAUUUACCUAUAGAGGAAUUCAGAGGUGGGAGAGUCAGUUGCACAUAGCUGCUGUCACUGAUCUGGGAUAUUAUAGCAAUAUCAAAUUGUGAAUAGUGUGUGUGUUGGUUGGUGGGGGUGGUUAGGGGACAUUGAUCUGAGCUCUGAUACAUUGAGAUUUACCUAUAGAGGAGAUCAGAGGUGGGAGAGUCAGUUGCACAUACAGUACCUGCUGUCACUGAUCUGGGAUAUUAUAGCUAUAUGAAAUUGUGAAUAGUGUGUGCUGGGGGUUGUUAGGGGGAAUUGAUCUGAGCUCUGAAUUCACACACAGUGCUGGCUGCUAGUCUGGGUGCUCUAGAUAUAUCCAGCUGCAGGUAGCUACUGCCACAGAUCUGUGCUCUAAUAUCACUUAUUUAUAAUGGGGGCAAUCAUCUGAGGUCCAGUAACCAUAUAAAAUUGUGCAUGGGGCUCCAGUGGCCUAUUGAUGCAAGUGGCUGCUGUUUUGGCAUGCGGGACCCCCAGAAACAAGGUCUGGCACACAUAUCCAAAUGCUCAUAGCAUCUGCUCCAGAUCUGGUGUCUGAUGGCAAUAGCAAAUGGCCCAUAAUGGAGGUCACUAAUCUUAUGUAAAUUAUAUGCACAUUUCCAUAGUAACUUAUUGGAGGUGUGAUUGCCAUAUUUGGGGUCUGCUAGCUUAAUACCCCUACUGAGCUGCACAGACUGGGUGACGGAUAUCAGACUUGCUGGCACUUUGUUGCUACGUUGUGGGGACGGUGACAGAGGUGCCAGAAAUGACUGCAGCCAGUCACACCUCAUAACGACAACAGAAAAAAAAGUUUUUUGUGAGACGUAGAGGCGGGAUAAAGCAGGGGGCAGCAGUGGGGCAGCAGAGGCAGAGAGGAAAGCAGAAGGGAGGAGGAAGAAGAAGGAACUGAGACUUCAUUAUGAGGCUGAAGGCUGGCUUUCUCCUGCGCAGCCUGCUCCUGCUGGCUACUUUCCUCAUGUUUCUCAUCAUCUGGACCUCUUUUACAAGCACCGGGAGGACAGAGUCACGGAUAGAGCGGGAUGAAAACCCCAACCUUCCCCAGCCUGCCAAGCCGGACGUAAAUGCACCUAAAGAUGAUUUCCACCCAGUGGUGCCAUGGCCUCACGUGGAGGGAAUAGAGGUGAACCUUGAUUCUAUCCGUAAGAAAAACAAAGAGAAAUUGGAGCAAGAACAUUUGGAGGCAAAGGUUAAUAACCAAGAGCAUGUCAUGGAGAAACAGUAUCUUACGUUCAAACCUCAGAAACAUGUUUAUUCUGAUCCGGUGCUUCGUCCUGGAAUCCUGGGGAAUAUGGAACCUAAAGAACCAGAGCCCCAAGGUGUUGUGGAUGGCCCAGGAGAGGGAGGAAAGCAUUUUAUGUUGGGACCAGAUUACAAGGAUGCGAUCAAAGCCACCAUUAAAGAGUUUGGAUUCAACAUGGUGGCGAGUGAUAUGAUCUCGUUGGAUCGGACAAUAAACGACCUGCGUCAUGAAGAAUGCAAGUUCUGGAAUUAUGAUGAGAACCUGCUCACCUCCAGCGUUAUAAUUGUCUUCCACAAUGAGGGUUGGUCUACGCUAAUGAGAACUGUUCACAGUGUCAUCAAACGAACACCCAGAAAAUACCUGGCGGAGAUUGUCAUGAUUGAUGAUUUCAGUAACAAGGAACAUCUAAAAGAGAGGUUGGAUGAAUACAUUAAGCAAUGGAAUGGCCUUGUAAAGGUUUUCAGAAAUGAGCGGAGAGAAGGGUUGAUCCAGGCCAGAAGCAUCGGAGCCGAGAAAGCAAAACUUGGACAGGUUUUGAUUUAUCUAGAUGCGCAUUGCGAGGUGGGAAUUAACUGGUAUGCACCAUUAAUUGCCCCCAUAGCCAAAGACAGAACCACAUGCACUGUGCCCCUGAUAGAUGUCAUAGAAGGUAACACUUAUGAGUUAAUACCACAAGCGGGAGGUGAUGAAGAUGGGUUUGCUAGAGGAGCAUGGGAUUGGAGUAUGCUUUGGAAGCGGGUGCCACUCACCAGCAAAGAGAAGGAGCAAAGAAAAACAAAAACUGAGCCAUAUCGGUCCCCUGCAAUGGCUGGAGGCCUGUUUGCCAUUGAGCGAGAGUAUUUUUUCGAACUAGGUCUUUAUGAUCCAGGCUUGCAGAUCUGGGGCGGUGAAAAUUUCGAAAUUUCCUACAAGAUAUGGCAGUGUGGAGGAAAAUUGUUGUUUACUCCCUGUUCUCGUGUAGGACACAUUUACCGUCUACAUGGAUGGCAAGGAAACCCCACACCUGCACAUGUUGGAUCUUCUCCAACACUGAAGAAUUAUGUUCGAGUGGUGGAGGUCUGGUGGGAUGAAUACAGAGAUUAUUUCUAUGCCAGUCGCCCAGAGACCAAAGCUCUCGCCUACGGGGACAUUAGUGCACUGAAGAAGUUCCGCGAGGAUCACAACUGUAAAAGCUUUAAAUGGUUUAUGGAGGAAAUUGCGUAUGACAUCCCAAAUUACUAUCCGCUUCCACCUAGAAAUGUUGAUUGGGGAGAGAUAAGAGGCUUUGAGAGUGGCUACUGCAUUGACAGUAUGGGACAUACAAAUGGAGGGCUUGCGGAACUAGGGGGAUGCCAUAGAAUGGGAGGAAAUCAACUUUUCCGUAUAAAUGAAGCAAAUCAGUUGAUGCAGUAUGAUCAGUGUCUCACUAAGGGGACGGAUGGCUCAAAGGUUAUACUAACGCACUGUAAUUUAAAUGAAUAUAAGGAAUGGCAGUACUUUAAGAACAUGCACCGACUCCUCUACAUUCCGUCAGGAAAAUGCUUAGACCGUUCAGAGGUUCUCCACCAAGUGUUCCUAUCAGACUGCGACUCCAACAAAACGACUCAGAAAUGGGAAAUGAAUAACAUCCUUGGCGUAUAGGUCUUGCCACUGUCAGCCAGAAUCAGAUAUAUCUGAACACGACCUGAAACCUGCUGCAAUGAAGAACUAUGUACAGUUUGCAGUCUUCUCACUUCAAUGAAGGAACUCGGACACCUAGAAGAUUAUGAUAGUGUCACCCUGCAGUUAAUGUUUACAAGACUGCUUUUACCUUAAAUCUUUUUAGAUGUUUACAUCAUCUUGUUUCAAGAUAAAUGAUAGUCAAAGUGCUUUUAGCUUUGUUUAUAGGAACAGAGCUGAAGACAAUUAUUUUUUGGGAUUCUUCUCAGGGGCUGAAAGGUAGAUUUUAUCUCAGACUUGAAAAAUGAUUUGGUUAGCUGGACAUCCGUGUUAUUUUUGGUGGUUGCGUUGAUCUCGGGUUUUUCUUAUUUUGUUUCUUUUAUUCAAAGCACUGCCACAGUUUCUUUGAGCUAUGGUGGCCUUUUGUCUGUGCUGCUGUUUUUUUGUUUUUGUUUUUGAAUGGGCUAAUUGGAAAAAUCUUAGUGCCUCUACCGUUUCCCUAAAUAUCUAUGGUAACCAUGUUUAAAAGAGUGAAGCCUGAAAGGAACGCCAUUAUUCUGUUGUAGCCCAUCGUCGCCUAUAUGUGAAAAGUAUCCAGAUUGCCGCUUCAUUUGGGAACAAUGAAUGGGCAGGUAAACCGGCAGCACGACUGCUGAAUAAUCUGCUCUAAUAUAUGAGUAACUAUCUAUCAAUAUCUAUCUAUUGAUAGGUCUGAAUCAGACCUGCAUUCCUCCUUCUGAUUGUAGAGCAUUUAUUAACACAGAGCUGGGCAACAAAGCAUUGGAAAGGAAAGCUUUAGCUAAAGGGCAUCUCCUAUUGCUAGCCUUUAACCAAAACCGUUUCAAGACAUGCAUCCUACGCUGUUAAAGCUCACUUAACUUUUUUUCGUACAACGAUCUAAAAUGUGACCGCUCAGUUCAACGUCUCCGAAUGUGUUGUAGGUUAUACUACAAUUCAUUCUAAGCUUUAAAAGUGCACAUUUGACUCACUCCGUUCAUUGAAAUGCAUCGUGCUGGAGAGCGAUCCCUGUUUUCUGUGCUAAAUGUAGACCACUGAACAAUGGCAGGCUGUACAAUGAUUGUGCCUGGCCGUGCAUGUUUGUGUCCGUUCUUAAACAUUAACGAUAAACUUGUUUUUUUUUGUUCUUUUCUUGGAGGAACACCAUCAACCCUCAUUCACUGCUCCUUACAAAUCCUGGUUUUUAAAGGCAAAUUAUUUUUAUCUAA